AUGUUUAGGUCAUCAUCAUCACCAAUCUAUAAACAUGGAAUUAGUGGUGCCACAACCGUUUCAUUCAACCCUGAUGACACUUCCAAAUACACUAUCAACUUUGAUGGAAAAGCAAUUGAAACCACAGUCACUAACAAAUCCACCAUUGUAGAUCAAUGGGUUCGAGAAAUCAACAUUCUAUACGCAGGAAAAUCAUUCGUCGUCGUCGGCUUAGAUGUUGAAUGGAGACCAACUGGGAUUCCAAAUUUGAGCAACAAAUCCGCCACAUUGCAACUUUGCAUUGAUGACAAGUGCCUUAUCUUGCAACUCUUCUACAUUGACAAUUUGCCUCUUUCUCUCAAGAACUUCCUCAUGAACCCUAAUUUCAUUUUUGUGGGAGUUGAGGUUGUUGAUGAUAUUUCUAAGAUUAGAAAUGAGUAUGGUCUUAAAUGUCGUUCUCAUGCUGAUAUUAGAGAGCUUUCAAAUAAGAAAUGGCCACUUAGGUAUUAUAGGAAGCCAGGGUUGAAGAUACUUGCUUGUGAUUUGGUUGGUUUGAACAUGUUGAAGCCUUUGCAUAUUUGUCAAAGCAAUUGGGAAUCUAGGGUUUUGAGCAUUGAACAAGUUGAGUAUGGUUGUAUUGAUGCCUAUGCUUCUUACAAGAUUGGCCACAAGCUUCUCAAGAAUGGUUGA